ACUCUGUCUUAGUUCUGCUUAUCCGGAAUCCUUUAGAUUCAAGAGCUUUUCUCCAAAUCUCCAACUUUGUAUUAACUCUUUCUCUAGUCUCAUCCACUAGUACUAUAUCGUCUGCAAAAAACAUACACCAUGCCACGUCAUCCUAGAUAUUUCUCGUCAACUCAUUCAUAGCUAAAAUAAAAAGAUAAGGAUUUGAGGUAGAUCUUUGGUGUAAUCCUACAGUAAUAGGAAAUUCAUUUAUUUCUCCAGCAAGCGAUUUAAUAGUGGUCACCACCCCUUCAUACAUGUCCCUAAUUACAUCAAUGUAACUUUUUGUCACCCUUUUCUUUGUUAACACCCACUAUAUUAUAUCCCGAGACAUUCUAUUAAAUGCUUUCUCAAGGUCAAUAAACACUAUAUGAAUGUUUCUUUUCUUUUUUCUAUACUUUUCUAUUACUCUCCUCAAAAGAUAGAUCGCUUCCAUUGUUGACCUACCAGGCAUAAACCCAAAUUGAUUCUCUGACACCUCUGUUAUAUCUCACAAUCGGCGUUCUAUCACCCUCUCCCACACUUUCAUUACAUAACGCAUUACCUUGAUUCUUCUAUAGUUAUUGCAAUUCUAGACAUCUCCUUUAUUCUUAUAGAUUUGCACUAAAAUACUCUUCUUCCACUCAUCUGGCAUGCUCCUAGUCAACAAAAUUUUACUAAACAACCUAGUCAACCAAGCAACUCCCUUUUUUCCUAAUGAAAGAAUUUAUUUCUUGUUAAUACAUUUUUUCCAGUUAUGAUUUUAUUUAUUUAUAAUUUCUAUCCCCGUGUUUUUCUAGUUUCUUUAUGCUAUGUCCUUUGUGAAGUGGGUGGAUUAAAUCAUUCAAAACAAUAUGAAUGGAAGAGAAUUUAUAUGGCUAGAAGAGUUUGAAUAUAGAACUAAGGAAUUUUAGGAUGCUCCAUAAUACCCUAUGGCCUAUUUUGGGAAGUGGCUAAAAUAGCCAAAAAUCCACUACAAAAAGUCAACUCACUCUCUGUACUUUUUUGCACGUCUUUUCAUAAAAAGCCGAAAAGCCACUUCCCAAAAACAACCCUAUGUGCUGUUUUUCAAGCCGUUCCCAUAUUUAGUUUGUUCUACUAAGGGCAACUGUGCAGAAUUUGCAAAGAUGGCAAGGGGCAUGUCAGGUCCUGUUUGGUUUGGCUAUUUCAGCCAACAAAACCUUGUCCAUUUGGUAAUGGCUUAUUUAGCCGACAAAAGAGAAAAAAGCAACUUUCCCACUUACAAAAAUAAACUGAAAGAGACCAUUGAAGAAUUCAUCAGCAUCACACCACUUAUAGCAGAUGACGGAGGGAUUGUACUUGGAUCCAAAAAAACUACUGUGUUUCUGGUUGAUGCUAAGACUGGAAGGCUAAUCUACACUUACAGGUUGUCUGAUGAGAAGAGUGUGUUAAACAGCACUACCUUUAAUGAACAGGGACAGUCUGGUUCUCUGAACCUUAACCCUGAUGAGCUGCCUCUUUACAUCACAAGAACUGAUUAUUCACUAAAGUCUUUUGUUCUAAAUGCGGAGAAAGUUCUGUGGAACAUGACAGUUUCUGAAAUUGGGGCGGCUUUUCUUUGUCAAGACAUUGAGAAUUCAUUUAGUGGGGCCCUUUCAGAUCCAGGAUAUGGAUUCCCUUCUGAACCUGGUGUUCACUUUAAUAUGCCAUUGCCAUGUCAAUCAAAGGCUAUUGUCUACCGCUUUCGCAGUCAUAAUAUGUUAGAACCCUUUUAUAAGCCUAAUAUGCUAUCUGAAGCUCAUGAUCAAGAUGUGAUGCUCCCAGUGCUUCAAGCCAAGGGUGAUAAGAUACUUUCACUGCCUUCUCCAAAUCUUUUUCACAAUAGUGACAGUGAUCUAGUGCCAUCUUUGGCUCAAAUGACUGAAAAUUUGGUGAUCUCUGGUAUGCAAGAUGUGAAUGGUGGACUGAACCUACAUUCUGAAAGGCCUAAUGCAUUGUCUUUCAUUUCUUUUGUCAUCAUUCUCGUGGGCUUUGUCACAUACCGCUGUGCUUUAGUGACUAGAAAAGACAUUGAGUCGAAUAAGCAGCCCAGUUCUUUAAAUGCAAGAACUGUGUCUCCAAAAAGGAAGAAGAAUCGGAAGUCAGGAAAGAAUAGUGGCAUUGUUGAGGACAAAAACACCUCAUAUGGUGAUGGAUAUACUUCCUCUGAGAGUGGUAACAGACCAUGGUUGAAACUAAACACAUCAGUGCAUGGUGACACAGAUGGACGCACAAUUGGGAAACUAUUUGUCUCCAAUGUAGAAAUUGCUAAGGGGAGCAAUGGUACCAUUGUCCUUGAGGGAAUUUAUGAAGGUCGUCCGGUUGCUGUAAAACGUCUUGUCAAGACCCAUCAUGAUGUUGCCUUUAAAGAAAUCCAGAAUCUUAUUGCAUCCGACAGACAUCCAAAUAUUGUUCGAUGGUAUGGAGUGGAAUCUGAUCAAGAUUUUGUGUAUCUGGCACUGGAGCGUUGCACUUGCAGUUUAGGAGAUCUAAUUGAGAUGUACUCAGAGACUUCGGAAAUACCAACCUUUACUGAGGAUCAACCUACAGGAGCUAUGAUAGAGUAUAAAGUCCGCUUGGACUCAAUGAGGAGCAUUAUGCAGGAUGUUAAAUUGUGGAAAGCAAAUGGCUAUCCUUCACCUAUGUUACUGAAAUUGAUGAGAGAUGUGGUUUCUGGGCUUGUGCAUUUACAUGAAUUGGGAAUAAUUCAUCGGGACUUAAAGCCUCAAAAUGUAUUGAUAAUUAAAGAAAGAUCUCUAUGUGCAAAGCUUUCUGAUAUGGGUAUCAGCAAACAUCUUGUUGGGGAUGUGUCUUCCUUGGGCCAUCAUGCUACUGGUUAUGGAAGUGCAGGAUGGCAAGCUUCUGAACAGCUUCUCCAAGGACGCCAAACUCGAGCAGUUGAUAUGUUCAGCUUAGGUUGUGUUCUCUUUUACUGCAUCACUGGUGGUAGACAUCCAUUUGGUGAUCGUUUCGAACGUGACAUCAAUAUUGUUAAGAACAAAGCGGACCUCUUCUUAGUGGAGUAUAUUCCAGAAGCUGUGGAUCUGAUAUCGCGUUUAUUGGAUCCUAAUGCUGAAUUGAGGCCAAAGGCAUUGGAGGUGUUUCAUCAUCCUUUGUUUUGGAAUUCUGAGAUGCGAUUAUCAUUUUUCCGUGACACGAGCGACAGAGUAGAGUUGGAAGAUAGGGAGACUGACUCUGUUCUUCUAAAAGCAUUAGAAAGUAUAGCUCCUGUGGCUUUGGGCACCAAAUGGGAUGAAAAGAUGGAACCUGCAUUCCUUAAUAAUAUUGGACGGUACAGGCGUUAUAAGUUCAACAGUGUUCGCGACCUACUUCGGGUGAUGAGAAACAAGUUAAAUCAUUAUAGAGAACUCCCUAUUGAAAUACAGGAAAUCUUAGGACCAGUACCUGAUGGAUUUGAUGACUAUUUCGCAAGUCGCUUCCCAAAACUGUUGAUUGAAGUAUACAAAGUUAUGUACAAAUAUUGUGGGGAAGAAGAAUGUUUUCAAAAGUACUUCAAAAGCAAUGCAGUUUGAGUCUUUACUCCAAGAGGCUGCCUUGUAAAGGCUCAUGGUCUGCACAAAAUAGUUGGUAUCCAAGUAACUACUGAUGGUAUGAUAUUUGGUAUUUAUAGUUCAUCAAUUGUAAAUAGUGUAUGCAUGUAAUUAUGGCUGUCACUGAAUGAUGUAUCAAUUAACCGUUUAAUCUAAUUAGCUUUUAUAAUCCCGUA